AUGGAAUUCACAGCAACACCUCUCACACCUCCAAAGCGCGCCGUCGCGUGCCUCGCACAGAUCACUCUUACGCCCGACGCGUCGACCACGCGCUCGGUAUACUGGCGCGCAUCAGUUGGCGUCGACCCAGCCUCCAACUUGCUGGUUAUCACGCCUCUCAGUAACCCCCCCAACCCGGUGCUGGACAACAAGCCUGUUGUUCCGACUGCUGAGCCCAAGCCCGAGCAUAACACCAACACAAUGGCAGGCAAACUCGCCCACCUCUUCCAUCACGACCAUGCCACACCCGUUGCGGCGCCGGUCACCGACUUUCCCGGCGUUGUGGAUGGCAAGCCGCUCGCUGGCAUUCGUGUGCCCCUCGCCGCACUCGAUGACAGAACGCAUACCGUGGACACGACCGCCAACCCCGCAUACAUCCUCGUUCCGGUUGCUGGCGACGCCAACGACGCGACGUCACUGCGCUUUGAGUUCGAUAACUGGCUCAGCGGAAAGGCCGAGGUCGAGGUCCUCGCUAGCCAACUGCACCAGGCACUCAAGGAGGUCAAGCCGCGCCGCGCGUCUACUCAGGCCGGCGUGCGGUCGGGCCGCGACAACGACGGCUCUACGCACCCGUCUGGAGACGCUCAGUACAACCCCAACUGGAAGCAGGAGUGGAAGCAGGAGUGGGCGUAG